CUGCAGGGUGCAGGCGUGUGUAUACAUUCCUACCCACGUUGGGGUUAAAGGAAAUGAGGUGGCAGACAUUCUAACAGAGCAAUCACUUAAAAUCAAGAUCUGCUUGGAGGUCGGAACUUUACAACGGCCGUUUGCCCUCCCGAGGGAGGAAUCUUUGAUGAUCGGAAACUGUCCGUAGCGCUUCACAUCCCGGUUAUGAACAUUUGGAUUAAAACGCUUUUGCUUGAAUUAUUCUUUGGAGCAAAAUGGAAACCAGCGGUGUGUAAGAUAUGAGGCGAUGGACGGGAAAGAUUGUGUGAACCUUCCGGAAGGUCCUCAAAUGCAAGAUGAUUCUUCACCAGAUGCUGUCACUCAGGAAAAAAAUGCUGGGGUUGAAGAGAUGCUGGUAAUUCCCAGUGAGGGUCGAGACACCCUGAAGGAUGGAGGAGCACAGAUUCGGCCUGCUGUCCCUGCCUCUGCAGCAGCAAUCAAGGAGCAGACCGAUCUUCAGGAGGAAGCUGCCAUGGACGCUUCACUGAACAGUAUGUUCCACGCGAUCUCUAGCAGCAAGGCUGUGAUCAAAAGUCAGCAGAAGGACGAGCCUGACCUGCGCUAUGACCAGAAGCUGUCCAUCGUCAAGGAACUUUUCUACUGCAAGCCCGUGGUCUUCCUCGAACGGUUCCACAAGAUCAUCAAGGAGGAGCACCUCGUCUGCUUCGGUCACUUGUCCGAUAACUAUGAAGUGGCUUUCUACUGCAAUGAGGUGCGGAAGUCAUCAAAGAAGAAAAGUGCUCGAACAAACGUCCGCAACAAGAGAUACGCGGCCCUGCAGCAGCUGAUCAAAGAUGGGGAGUACUUCAGCGACGAGCAGAUGCGAACGCGAGACCCCCUGCUGUACGAACAAUACAUCAGACAGUACAUGACAGAUGAAGAACUGCUGGCACAGAACAGCAGGAACCUGAGCGGUUCGAUGAGCCUGUCAGACCUGCUGAUGAACACUUAUCAGGAAAAGAUCGUGCAGGAGAGGUUACAGUGGCAGCAGGAAAGGGAGGAUGCCUGUGAGGAGGAGGAGGAAGAGGAAGAGGAAGACGAGGAGGAAGAGGACGGACCCAUGUCCAAAGCUGCGGAGUGGGUGCCCAGUGACGACGAGAGGAUCAUGCUGAGGGACGAAUUUGUGAGCCGUAUGCAUCAGCGCUUCCUCGACGGAGAAGAUGGAGACUUUGAUUACAGUGCUGUUGACGACAAUCCAGAUUUUGACAACCUUGACAUUGUGAACCGCGAUGAGGAGGAGCGAUACUUCGAUGAGGAGGAGCCAGUGGAAAUUGAAGAUAUGGAAACACAGUCGGACAGGGAAUGACAGGAUUUGAAUGCAUUUCUAUUAAAUCUCUCUUUCACUAAGUUUCAAAUUUAUCAGUAUGUCUGAGUUCCGUCCACAUUUGUUGAGGACUGUUAAGAGAAGAUAUUGUGGUUUUGUGUACACAGUAUGCCCAAACCAUGAAACAGGUCUCACCACUUCCAUUUCACUUCAAAAAAUUGAUUUAAUUGGUCAAUUACACUGGAGCUUUGGACUCAGCUUCCAUUAUUUGAACAGGAGUGGAACCUUCCGGCUAUUAUGUCUCCUGCAUCCUCGCAUUUUGUGAUUUGCAUGGAGUUAGCUGCAGGAAUAAUCUAGCCCAUAAUACCUCAUAGGCAUCAAGAGCUUUUCUGAUUCCCGGUCAACACCGACUCUUUUAUAUGUCAAGCUAGGUAUGGCACCUCUAUAGUUGAAUAUCUUGUAUCUGUUCAAGAGGCAUAACAUUGGGAGAAUAAUGUCCUGAAAGUGUUGGUUCUCUUAGGCACUCUCUUGCCUUUUUAUUUUUGAUGAUGAGGCUGUUGACUAGGGAUGGUAUUGACCUUGAACAUACACCAGCGGUUUCCAGCCGGGGAUCUCUGUGCUAUGUGACUCUUUAGCUCAGUGUCAUGCAGCACAGAUACAGGCCCCUCACAACACCAUGUCCAUGCUGGCCGCUAGGAUCCCAUCCAGACCAAGCGCAUUUGGUUCUCAUCCUUCUAUUCUGUGAUGGUUUAAGAACUAUCUAGAUAGGUGAGUGUUGUAAAAUACAUAAGUGGUUUCACCAGUCCCUCAGGUAGUGUAUACUAGACUGCCUUCAGACACCCCCCACCAUAAAUUUAUGCCCUAAAAUUCUUGUUUUUUUCCAUAAUAUUACAGCAUUGCUCAUGGCCAAGUGGUUAAGGCAUUUGUCUAGUGAUCUGAAGGUCGCUAGUUCGAGCCUUGGCUGAGGCUGCGUGUGUGUCCUUGAGCAAGGCUCUUAACCACACAAUGCUCUGUGACGUCACUGGUGCCAAGCUGUAUGGGUCCUAAUGCCCUUCCCUUGGACAACAUUGGUGGCGUGGAGAGGGGAGACUUGCAGCUUGGGCAACUGCUGGUCUUCCAUAAAAAAAACCUUGCCCUGGAAACUUUCCAAGGUGCAAAUCCAUGGUCUAUCGAGACUAACGGAGGCAUACACACAGCAUUGCAGCAAUUGGGUUAAAUUUACCAGCCCCGGACUAAAGCCGGCAACUUUUUUGGUCUGAGCACCAGUUACUCAAUUCAAUUUCAGUUUAUUUAGGUUCAAGUCAAGUUUAAUUGUCAUUCAACCAUAUAUGAAUACCCAAUUGAGACAAUAUUACUCUGGGGUCAGGGUGCAAAACACAGUACCAAUGGUCACACACAGCACAAAGCACACACAAGAUGGCAAGCACAAAUGGUUUCACAAUCAUGCAAUAAAGAGUCAAAAACUUGUGCCAUCAAUCCACACUUGAGUGCAAUAGAGCAAACACGGGGUGGGGGGAGUCAGCACUCCUAGUGGAGUGCACCAGGCGGACCCGGCUUGAGGCCCAGCCCUUGCGCAGAAAGACAAUAGGCCCAUAUAGAAUAUAUUUUAAAAUAUGACCACACAAAUAUACAUGUAUAUAGCCCAGACAUCCCCCAGCCCACCGAAAUCUUCAGUCGACGCAAUAGAGCUUGUGGGUACUCCUGAAAAAGGAAACUGAAAUGCUCAGACAAGUGUGACAAGGCAUUGAACUUGUGAAGCAAUUGUGUAGGCAUGAUCUGAUCUCAGGUGGAGCAAGAUGCUGACAAGUUUCCCAGCCUGAUGAAGAGGAGCUUGGGUGCUUGCAAAUAACUGCAAAAUACAGGGUUCAGGUUCAUCCUGCACAAUAAGGGUUUCCAACCUUUCUUAUGCCAUGGACCACAAAUUGGGAACCUCUGUCAGGAGCAAAACUGAGACACUGGUCACUGGCACAGUUUAAAACACACAUUUAUUACUUUGGGUUUAUCAAAGGAGUUUAAUUUUAUUUUCAGCUCCUGUAUAUUUAGCUUUUCAUUCCAAUGUGCUGAAUGGAAUUAACAUUAAAUAAUUUUAGAGUCA